AUGGAUCGUUAUAUUAGGCCUCCUCUGAAAAAUCUGGAAUUGGCAGAUACGUUAAGUAUGUCAAGAGCCACAUACAUAGUCGGUGCCCUUGUAGGAUCUGCCGUAGUAGCCUACGUGUGUGACAAAGUCAUCUCUGAUGAUAAGCUAUUCGGAGGCAAGUUUUAUUCGGAAAGAAACACUUCACAACCUUUUAUAGCUACUAGUGAUCUUAUAGAUGUAUCAGCUAAGCUAAAUCGGAUUGUUUUUGAAAACGCAGGGACUACACCGGGAACUGUUUCAAACAAGGAAUGGUGGGCUGCGACGGAAGAGAAAUUCCAAGCGUGGCCAAGAACCGCUGGUCCUCCGGUGGUGAUGAACCCUAUCAGUCGCCAGAACUUCAUCGUCAAGUCACGCCCUGAAUAA